UCCGCCCGCGUCCCCGCCGCUGACCGACUAGAGCGGGGCGACGAGCUGCCGCGGUCCGGACACGAGCCGGAGGCAGAGCGGGUCCGCACGCCGCAGCCAUGGGGAGCCGCGUGUCCCGAGAGGAGUUCGAAUGGGUCUACACGGACCAGCCCCACGCCGCCCGGCGCAAGGAGAUCUUAGCGAAGUAUCCAGAGAUUAAGUCCCUGAUGAAACCCGACCGCAACCUGAUCUGGAUCGUAGCCAUGAUGCUUCUCGUCCAGUUGGCUUCAUUUUACUUAGUCAAAGAUUUGGACUGGAAAUGGGUCAUAUUUUGGUCCUAUGUCUUUGGCAGCUGCCUUAACCAUUCCAUGACUCUGGCUAUCCAUGAGAUUUCCCACAAUUUCCCCUUUGGCCACCACAAGGCCCUGUGGAACCGCUGGUUUGGAAUGUUUGCUAAUCUCACUCUCGGAGUGCCAUACUCGGUUUCUUUUAAGAGAUACCACAUGGAUCACCACCGAUACCUCGGAGCUGAUAAAAUUGAUGUAGAUAUUCCCACCGAUUUUGAGGGCUGGUUCUUCUGCACUACUUUCAGGAAGUUAGUCUGGGUUAUCCUUCAGCCUCUCUUUUAUGCUUUUAGACCCCUGUUCAUCAAUCCCAAACCAGUUACCUAUCUGGAAAUCAUCAAUACUGUGGUCCAGAUCACUUUUGACAUUAUCAUUUAUUAUGUCUUUGGAGUGAAAUCUUUAGUCUACAUGUUGGCAGCCACCUUGCUUGGCCUGGGUUUGCACCCAAUUUCUGGGCAUUUUAUAGCCGAACAUUACAUGUUCUUAAAGGGACAUGAAACCUACUCCUAUUAUGGGCCUCUGAACUUACUCACCUUCAAUGUGGGCUAUCAUAACGAACACCAUGACUUCCCCAACGUUCCUGGAAAAAACCUGCCCAUGGUGAGGAAGAUCGCAAGUGAGUACUAUGAUGACCUCCCACACUACAACUCCUGGAUCAAGGUGCUCUAUGACUUUGUGAUGGAUGACACAAUAAGUCCCUACUCGCGGAUCAAGAGGCCUCCGAAAGGGAACGAGAUUCUGGAGUAAAUAUCAUCACAGCCAAAGGGAUCCCUGCCCACGGCUUCCAAAUAGGUGAUAGAGUGGAGUUCUUACCUCGUUAGGCUACGGUCAGUGAUGCUCAGAAGCUGGGCUGCCGCGAUUGCCAACUCAGAUCUCGGUGUCAUCAGAGGCUCCUCAGCCUUCAGUCAGCCCGAAGAUGCUCGCUUGCGGCUGCUGCGCUUGCUCACUCCCUGCACUCACGAGACGUUAUUACUGUUACUGAGGGUGUCUUUCCUCAUGUCUGUCAUGCUGUGAGCUUAUGUUAUUUUUCACUAUAAAGUUACUUUAUUAAAGCACCUAAUAAACUGAACUGUUAAUCAUAUAUAUUAAUAAUAUUCACCGCAUUAUUAUAUUUCUAUUGUAUUGGUAUACUUACCAGAGUGCUAGGGAGAACUUUUAAAAUUUCAUCCAGAAAUUUUAUUUUGUUAAAGGCUUGACUUGAGUUCAUAUAGUAUUGUGUAAGUUUCCCCUGGAUUCAAUCAUUUGUUCUUAGUGGGGAAUGGAGGGCUUGUAAGACUCAGGAAACUGAUGAAAUUCUCCAUCACGAAGUCCCUCUCAAGGGUCCAAACAUGAAGUGCUUUCUGGAGGAGCUUUUGUUAGUCCACAGGAGUCCGAGGAUGCAGAGUAGACUUCUGUGAGUUUGCUGCCCUUGCUGGGCCAGGCAUUUCGUUGUUGUAACUGCCUCUGAGUAGCUGAUGAUCCUAUAAGUAACCCCAAUAAACUCUCUGGUUUACUAAGCUA